CCUGUUCAAAUCUUCUUUAGUUGAAGCUCUUCAAUUCGUUCUUUGACUUUUUCUUCCCAGCGAUGGCGGCCUGGGGCAGAUGAUUAUCGAGGGAGUGAAUUUAUGUUCGAGUUAAAAGAACACAAUACCUAAAAUGUCCCAUUUCUUACGUUCCAUUUCCACGGCAGCUUUCGAGGCGCAUAUAGCGGCCGCACCUCGACAGCAGGUCUUUUUUACAGAAAAUGCAUUACGCGCAAGGACUGUUAUGCGCGCGAAUUUUCGUGGUGCACGAUGCUUUACCUUUGAGGCAGGGGAAAACAAGUCUGGUCACAUAAGCUCCGGGCCCAACCAGGGCAUUCUAUUCUUCGAUAAUAUCUUCCCUUUACGGCUUCAAUGGCUACUUAGCUUGCCUUUGAAUACAAGCAAGACUAUUCCAGAGAUUAUGAACAAGUUCAACAGCCCGAAUAUUGCUGCUGCCGACCCCUUGAGCAUCAUCAAGCGCGCGGUUCCUCCAGAGAUCCCCAUCACGGUUGUGGAGGUGCUUCCUAGGAUCAAGGAAGGGGGCGCAUAUGUCAAAUUCUCUAAACCGGAAGAUGUUGACCUCACGGAAGCGGUAGAGAAGCUGAGGAUUCAUCUCAGAGAACACCCGAUUAAGCCCUGGUUCAACCCGUUCCGGCGUGUGCGCGCAUCCUUGGUGCAAGGACGGCCAUGGAUUGAAGACUUGAAUCGUACGCCCACUAAAAGGCUCAAGGUGGAGUUUCUCCCUGCGACUACAGGUGGUGAAGCGGCCGAAUUGUCUCCGGAAGCCUUAUAUUCUCUCUUUCGCCCCUUUGGUAAACUCGCCGACAUUGUUCCACAACCGCCUGACUCGAAGGUGCUGCCAAAGUUUGCCUACCUGAACUUUGUCCUCGCCAGACAAGCUACCAUGGCAAAGAAUUGCAUGCACGGGUUCAAGAUCCUGGAAGCAAAUGGUGGCGGUAAGUCAGGCACGCAACUACGCCUUCUCUACGAGCAAACAGUCCAUGCACACUGGAUCCGGGAUUGGAUCUUUAGUCAUCCAAGGGUUGUUAUUCCGGCAAUUGCAGCACUCGUGGCAGCCAUCACGGUAGCUGUGUUUGAUCCAAUCCGAACGUUCUUUGUCAAGGCCCACAUCAGUCACACUUGGGACCUCACGAACAACUCCGUCAUUAGGUGGUUCAAGGACCAAGCCACUGACAUUUUGGUUUUCCGCAAAAAUAAAACAAGUGACGUUGGGCUUGACGCUAUCUGGGACGACCGUCGAGAUGCCAUUGAGCAAAUCCGCCGAUGGCUCAUGGAAACCACUGAUACUUUCAUCGUCAUCCAAGGUCCGAGGGGCUCUGGCAAGAGGGAGCUACUGUUGGAUCAAGCCUUGAAACACCGAAAGAACACCCUAGUAAUCGACUGCAAGCCUAUUCAAGAGGCCCGCGGCGACAGCUCGACCAUUGACGCUGCUGCUCGAGAGGUCGGAUACCGCCCUGUAUUCUCCUUUAUGAAUAGCAUCAGCGGCCUGAUCGACUUGGCAGCGCAAGGUACUAUUGGCACGAAGACUGGUUUUUCCGAGACGCUGGAUACGCAGUUGGCAAAGAUUUUAGCAAACACUGCCACGGCCUUGAAGCAGAUUGCUUUGGAGGAUCGGAAAAAGAAUGAAAAGGAUGCAAACAUGGGCAUGGACGAAUACCUUGAGGCGCAUCCCGAAAGACGGCCUGUUGUGGUAAUCGACAAUUUCCUCCACAAAUCUCAGGAGAACGACGUUGUGUACGACAAGCUCGCAGAAUGGGCCGCAUCUCUCACUACCUCGAACAUUGCGCACGUCGUCUUCCUCACAAACGAUGUUUCCUUCUCCAAAUCUCUGAGCAAGGCACUGCCCGACCGUGUGUUCCGACAAAUCUCUCUCGGUGACUGCAAACCCGAGGUCGCCAAGCGCUACGUGAUCAACCAGUUGGAUUCAGACGCGGAUCUGGAAGAAGGCGAAGAAAAACUCACGCCAUCUCAGCGGCGCAGUGAUCUCGUCGAACUUGACGGCUCUAUCGAGGUCCUCGGUGGUCGGUUGACCGACCUGGAAUUCCUUGCGCGCCGCAUCAAGGCCGGCGAGACCCCGUCCAAUGCCGUUCAUGAGAUUGUAGAGCAGAGCGCUUCCGAGGUUCUGAAAAUGUACAUUUUUGGAACAGAAUCUGGCCAGCGCAAAUGGACCCAAGAGCAAGCAUGGCUUUUGAUCAAACAGCUUGCUGAAAAGGAUAGUCUCCGUUACAACGAGGUCCUCCUCUCCGAUACAUACAAGUCCGGCGGCGAAGAUGCUCUCCGCGCCCUUGAACAAGCUGAGCUCAUCACCAUUAUAUCCGCCAACGGUCGUCCCUACUCCAUUAAGCCCGGCAAGCCCGUCUACCAGGCUGCUUUCAAGACUCUCAUUGGAGACCGCGUUCUCAAUUCGCGUCUUGACUUGGGCAUUCUCACAGAACUGAUCAAAAUCGAGACGGCUAGCAUCGACAAAUACGAGGGCGAGCUCAACCGUCUUGGCGCCCUGCCUAAGCAACCCUCUCAGCUCUCGUCGCGGAUUUCCUGGCUCCUGGACAAGAUUGCAGGAUGCCAGGACCGCAUCAUGAAGUAUGAGACUGACAGUGUGGUAUUGAAGAAGGUCUUGAAGACUGAAUUUUAAGCUGCCCUUUACCUCUUACCGCUAAUGCGCGAAUCCUAACACCUCGACUUUGGGCAUGGAAACUCGCAUGUCCUUGUAUCCUUUUCUCUCACCUGCUUUUAACCGUCGCACUCAUCCUCGCUACGGUCAACCUGAGUUACUAAGCCCCGGCUCUCAUCUCUUCCGUUCCUCCUUUUCCUGAAAAUACACUCAUCACCUUACCACCAACCAAGCCUCGCGCGUCAUUCCGAGAGGCCCUUCCCCCCCC